UCGUUUAGCAGCAGUUGUACCUAUUACACAGACAUUUAUGGUUCAUACUAUCCCGGAGGAUCCUACUCAGUAGGACCAUGUACCGAUACCACAUGGUAUCCUAGCAGUUCCUAUCCUAACACCGAUAGCAAUGGUUACACCUACAGCACAAGCCAGAGUGGAUAUCCAACAGACAGCUAUGGAUACAAUUUUGGCUCCUCUAGCAGCAGUUGUACCUAUUACACAGACAUUUAUGGUUCAUACUAUCCCGGAGGAUCCUUCUCAGUAGGACCAUGUACCGAUACCACAUGGUAUCCUAGCAGUUCCUAUCCUAACACCGAUAGCAAUGGUUACACCUACAGCACAAGUCAGAGUGGAUAUUCAACAGACAGCUAUGGAUACAAUUUUGGCUCCUCUAGCAGCAGUUGUACCUAUUACACAGACAUUUAUGGUUCAUACUAUCCCGGAGGAUCCUUCUCAGUAGGACCAUGUACCGAUACCACAUGGUAUCCUAGCAGUUCCUAUCCUAACACCGAUAGCAAUGGUUACACCUACAGCACAAGUCAGAGUGGAUAUUCAACAGACAGCUAUGGAUACAAUUUUGGCUCGUUUAGCAGCAGUUGUACCUAUUACACAGACAUUUAUGGUUCAUUCUAUCCCGGAGGAUCCUACUCAGUAGGACCAUGUACCGAUACCACAUGGUAUCCUAGCAGUUCCUAUCCUAACACCGAUAGCAAUGGUUACACCUACAGCACAAGUCAGAGUGGAUAUUCAACAGACAGCUAUGGAUACAAUUUUGGCUCGUUUAGCAGCAGUUGUACCUAUUACACAGACAUUUAUGGUUCAUACUAUCCCGGAGGAUCCUACUCAGUAGGACCAUGUACCGAUACCACAUGGUAUCCUAGCAGUUCUUAUCCUUACACCGAUAGCAAUGGAUUCACCUACAGCACAAGUCAGAGUGGAUAUUCAACAGACAGCUAUGGAUACAAUUUUGGCCCCUCUAGCAGCAGUUGUACCUAUUACACGGACAGUUAUGGUUCAUACUUUCCCGGAGGAUCCUACUCAGUAGGACCAUGUAUCGAUACCACAUGGUAUCCUAGCAGUUCUUAUCCUUACACCGAUAGCAAUGGAUCGAACAUCGAACCAACUAUGUCUCUUUCUACUGAUCCUGAGUUAUCAUCAAUGUCCACUUCAAGCUUUCAGUCAACUCCGUCUUUACCUUUGUCAUCGUCAAUGACAAUGUCGACUUCAAGCCAGCAGUCAACUUUAACUCUAACAAGUUUAUCUGGAUUAUCAUCAAUGUCCACUUCAAGCUUGCUAUCAACUUCGUUUCUAUCCAGUUCACAGGUUAUAUCGUCAAUGACAAUGUCCACUUCAAGUCUGCAGUCAACAUUAUCCGUAUCCAGUUUGUCUGGAUUAUCGUCAAUGUCCACUUCAAGCCUGCUACCAACUUCGUUCCUAUCUAGUCCACAUGUGAUAUCGUCAAUAACAAUUUCGAUUUCAAGCCUGCAGUCAUCUUCGUCUCUAUUUAGUUUGUCUGAAUUACCGUCAAUGUCAGCCUUAAACAUGCAGUCAACUUCGUCUCUAUCCAGUUUGUCUGGAUUAUCGUCAAUGUCCACUUCAAGCCUGCAGUCAAUUUUAUCUCCAUCCAGUUUGUCUGGAGUAUCGUCAAUGUCAACUUCAAGCCUGCAAUCAACUUUAUCUUUAUCCAGUUUGUCUGGAUUAUCGUCAAUGUCCACUUCAAGCCUGCAGUCAACUUUAUCUCUAUCCAGUUUGUCUGGAUUAUCGUCAAUGUCCACUUCAAGUCUGCAGUCAACUUUAUCUCCAUCCAGUUUGUCUGGAAUAUCGUCAAUGUCAACUUCAAGCAUGCAGUCAACUUUAUCUUUAUCCAGUUUGUCUGGAUUAUCGUCAAUGUCCACGUCAAGCCUGCUGUCAACUUUGUCCUUAUCCAGUUUUUCUGGAUUAUUGUCAAUGUCCACUUCAAGCCUGCAGUCAACUUUAUCUCCAUCCAGUUUGUCUGGAUUAUCGUCAAUGUCCACUUCAAGCCUGCAGUCAACAUUAUCCGUAUCCAGUUUGUCUGGAUUAUCGUCAAUGUUCACUUCAAGCUUGCAGUUAACUUUAUCUCCAUCCAGUUUGUCUGGAUUAUCGUCAAUGUCCACGUCAAGCCUGCAGUCAACAUUAUCCGUAUCCAGUUUGUCUGGAGUAUCGUCAAUGUCCACGUCAAGCAUGCAGUCAACUUUAUCUUUAUCCAGUUUGUCUGGAUUAUCAUCAAUGUUCACUUCAAGCAUGCAGUCAACUUCGUCUCUAUCCAGUUUGUCUGGAGUAUCGUCAAUGUCCACUUCGAGCCUGCAGUCAACUUUGUCUCUAUCCAGUUUGUCUGGAUUAUCGUCAAUGUCCACUUCAAGCCUGCUCUCAACUUCGUCUCUAUCCAGUUUGACUGAAUUAUCAUCAAUGUCCACUUCAAGCCUGCUGUCAACUUUGUCUCUAUCCAGUUUGUCUGGAUUAUCGUCAAUCUCCACGUCAAGCCUGCUGUAUACUUCGUCACUAUCCAGUUUUUCGGGGUUGUUUACUACAUCUAACCUUCACUCAGCCUUCCAAUCCUCUUCAAUAUCAUCGGUUUCUUCAUCCAACGUUUACACAACUACUACACCGUCAGUAGCUGUGACCACAGACCCGCCCACUGUCACUCUCGCCCCCACCGUCGUGGCUGAGAGAGAACUGUCCCUGGAUGGAACCACCCUGGAGCCAGUAAUGAAGUGCACGUUUCCAGAACCCGCCGCGCCGAGCGAGCUGCGUUAUAACAUUCAGUGGUCCAUUAAUAACGCCAACUUGGCUAAUGCCAGCUUCACUCUCAUUGAUUACGGAAACUUGGGCAAAAAUGCAGCUUUAAGACCAGAUCACUGGACCAGAACAUAUAGAUUAAAUAUGAAUGUGUUCUGUAAAGUUAGUGCGCAGUACACAAACAGUGCCCCUGGCUCCAUAUAUACCAGCCCCACCUUCUUCGCUGGUUUACAGAUAAACCAAACACAUGUGAAUGUGGAUGAGGGUCAGACAGUGGCUAUUGAGGUCAAAAGCACGCUUCCCACGGCCUGCAGCGCCUCACUGUCAGCAUCAGAGAGGGAAAGCAACUGCAAGGGGACGCUGCACAUCCGGACCGAGGAGUACUGGUCAUGGUGCUGGAACGGAGUCAAGUACCUGUCGGCGGCUUUUCCGGACAAUGGGUGCCGACUCCAAUUCUCUUACAACUACUGGUACGAGCCAGUUCAACUCAACAUCACAGGAUAUAUGGACGGAAUGAGGAAUUGGUGGUACAAAUAUACCAGGGUCAAGUUAGAGCCCGGAUUAGACAGUAAUCACUUGGCAUGGAAGAGCAUGCAGUUCGACGAUACCGUUAGCGUCUACGUUUACGACAAGGACACCAGUGGAGGGGGAAUAUGCAGUUCCUAUAACGACCCCCACAUGCAAACCUUUGACGGGAGAUACUGGGAGAACCAGCGAGUGGGGGAGUUCGUUAUGUACAGACACAAAACAAAGCCACUAUCCGUGCAUGCUUUAUUUUCCGCCUGUGUCCCAGGGUACGCGACUUGUAAUUGUGGAGUUGCCAUAAAAAGCGGGGAAUCCCUGUACGUCGUGCGCACGUGUACAACGCUGUCAGCCAGUAGAACGAAUCUCCUAAGUUACCCCUUCGAAUUAAUGGACGGCUGCGACCCAGACGCAAUAGCUGUGCAGAAGACCGGAAGCAGAUAUCGGGUGACUCUUCCCAACGGCCUGGAAGUGACGUUUGCAAUCAGUUCUUGGCAAAACUGGAUAUCUUACGUACAAAUCGUGGCACCCACGGCUGACUUCGAUCAGACCGAGGGACUGUGUGGGUCAUUUAACGGGGAUAGCUCAGACGAUUUUAUCCCUAAAGGACAGCAGAGCCCUGUCGCAGACGAGAAAACGUUCGCCUUGACGUGGAGGGUAAGAAAAGGUUCAUCAGACAGUCUUUUCAUCAACAAGCCGACAUUAAGCAACUAUUCUCCACCGUCCGUGACAUCCACUGCCCCCUCGACCUACUACUGCACGUGCUCCUCCUACUUGUCCGUCGCACGGAAUCCUAAUUACCCACACUGUAAGCUGGAGUCUCCCACAGAGCCGUGCUCCGACACACAGAGUCAGGUUGUUAACGUCUGCAACCAGAGCAGGCGUAGGAGAAGUACGUUCGGGUCAGAUGACGUCAUCGACUCGCCGUCAUUUUCUUACGACGCCGAUUACGAGCAGGAGUUACUGGUCGCUGACUGGAGAAAUGGAUGGAACGAGACAGCCGCCACCGAUUUCUGCACUAACGCCUUUAGUGGAGACCCCGCCGUCGCCGUCUGUGUAGAAAAGGUCAACACCAGCAUCUCAGAGUACUCUAACAGCUGUAUCACAGACAUCAAGCUCCAGGGAGAUACAGACUUCCUCAAGGCGACCCUAGAUACGCUGAAAAAGAAGUGCGUCACAACGGCGUCACGUGAUGAGAGUUUCCAGCAGACGAACAAUACCUCCAGCGGCGUGAGCACUCUCGAGACGAUAACCUCCCUUAGCUGUCCCAACAACUGCUCUGAAAAGGGAUCGUGUGCCAAUGAGACGUGUAGCUGUAACGAUGGGUACAUUGGCGAGGAUUGCUCUCAGAGCCUGCAGACCCCGCCCGAUCAGAUCAGCGUGCCCUCCUACGGUCUCUGCGACCAACGGUACCGACCGUGUCAGACCCAGAACAUCAUCGGAGUCUUCCAUAAACAACCGGUUGCCCUCGCUGAGCAUUUCAAAGCUACAGAAAACGGCAAAGAAUACACAAAUUUUUCCGUCAUGGCAAACGUGACGUAUCGCCAGAUGAAUUUGAUAACCGUUACCAUACCAACGGUCCCUUCGUCGUCAAGGAAACGACGGUCCACAGACGGGUCUAUCGACGGAUGGGACAUAAGCUUCAGCUACGACAACUCGACCUUCAGCAACGCCACCUCCAUUGUGGUAUACAAUGGAGCCACCGAGUCAUGUGACUACACGACAUACACGUGCACCAAGUUGGCAGUAGCACCGGAAACAGAGGAGAGCAGCUCGACGGCGGCGAUAGCGGGUGCGGUGGUUGGUGUGGUGGCGGUGGCGGUUAUCGUGGGAAUGGUGGUUUACAUCAAGGUCAUCAAAAAGAAAAGACCACAGUCUGCGAAAGUGUCAAACCAGGAUAGAGAAAUGCUGACCCGUCGAGCAGAGGAUGGGGGUUCCCCUCGCCCCCCGUCCGUCAACAACUGGGUGUCAACCAGAAAAUAAUAACAGGUCUCCAACUGAAACUAAACGAUAAUCUCAAGCAGCUAAUUAGCAUGUUUAGACGUUUAUAGCAUAUAUAGCCUACACAGGCGAGACGACUCGGUAAAGUGUCUUUACCAUGAGAUAUGUUUUAUUUCAUUUUUGAAAAAAAAAUCAAUUUAGUGAUGUAUUCUUUGUUAAUAUUUCUAUGAACUUGUUCUUUGAGUUAUUCAUGUUUUGUAAGAUAAAUUUUUUCCUAAUAGCUUUGAUCGAUGGGUACGAUUUUUAUGUGAAUUAAUGAGGCCGGUUUUACACGCCUGAGACAAGUGACGUUAUAUUUUUCAAAAUUGUUUAUAACUGAAUUGUUCAACAGAUUGCAAGAGGAUAAUCAUUGUUUAUGAACAUGACGCAAUGCGUUACUAGUGCUCUAAUUUCUGGCCUCGUUGAUGCUGAAUGUGUCUUUGUGCUUUUAAUGACAGCUACCAGGACACCAAAGUGUUGCACUGAAACCCAAGGCAGAGGCAUUUAACAUUAUAAAGGGCGUGGUCGCCAUCAUAGUAAACUAUUAAUAACUCUAUUUUGUGAGAGCAGUAAUCAAUAGGUUGCUCAUUUUUCACCGCAACAUAUGAUAGACUGGGUAUUUAUAUCGGUUAAUAGGCACUUCCUCCUUAUGCAUCGAAAUUUCAAACAAUCUUGUUUUAUUCGUCAAAAAUAUCGAAAUGAUUUAUGCUCAAUUUACAGUGCGAUUCAUUACAGCGUUUUUCUUAAUGUGUUAUAAAUUCAAAUUUUCCUGUUGCAAAAUGAUUUUUCUGUAUGUAUUCAGUCACCUAGAGCGAAGAAUUUUGAGCAUGCAAUAUAAUCAUGAUUUACAUGAACUACUAGUAUGAAUGUCCAUGCAAUUAGCCGUCCAAGUUAAACUCAUGAAAUAUCAAAAUGAUUCAUACUCAGUCGCCCGUGAGUUUUUUUAAUGUGUUUUAAAUUCAAAUCUGGUUAUAAAAUGAAUUUGAUGUAUGUAUCCAGUGACAUGGAACAAUGCAAUAGGGUGUGUGAUAUAUUGAUUUCACGUGCACUGUGUAUUUCUGUCCAAUUAGCCGUCCAAAUUAAACUCAUGAAAUAGAAUCCCUCCGUCCAUUUAGAGAUCUACAUAUGUAGCAAUAAUACUGGUUACUUUCUAUGAUAUGUUAUUGUGAUAUUUUGAUUUUGUAAUUUUUAUGAAUAUGUUUUAAUAUUUUCAUAUCUCUGUUAACAGCUGGUCUGUGUAUAAAUACAUUGAUAUGAAAUAUUUUUUUUUAAUUGGAAUGUCUAUCCUUAUGAGGGGUGUACUUAAUUUUAGAAUAAAUGUAUUCACAUUUAUCACUGACAAUCAAAAGGGGAAAAAACCAUCAAUUGUGCCUGUAAUAUUUUUGUUUGUACAAUUUCACCAUGCCAUUGAAAAUAGCCAACUGUUCUCUUCAAUAUAAUAAUUAUCUGAAUGCACUGAUAUUCUUUGUUUCUCUUGAUGGAUAUUUUUUUGCAAACCCGUGAACGUUGUCCAUCGCUUUCAGAUUUAAACCAAAUGACCUUUUUUGUUGAAUAUAUUAGUGUGUAUAGAGUAUGAUAUGUAAUGUACCGUUAACGUUGAAUCAUAAUGCCUUAAAAAUUCGUAAAAGAAAAACAACCAUUUUGUUUCUAUUCUAAAGAAAUGGCGCCUGGGCAAAGGCUGACAUAAUAAGGGUGACAUUGCAAUAUAUAUAACACUUGGCACAGUAAAGUUACGAUGUAAUGAAAAUUGGAGAAAAACGGAUUGUAUGCACAUAAACAUUCAGUUUAAUUUCUGUAAUUUUAGUAAAAUUUACAUGAAGUUUGAUUCCGUCCGCUGCUUAAAAGAUCAAUCUUAGUUCUGUUAUCUUUUAUUUAUUAAUCCUGUUUUUUA